AUGUGGAUCGUAGGAGCCGUAAUAGUCGUACUUGCGAUAAGCGUCCCUUCGCAUGCGCAGACACCUUCGCGAUGCGUCCAGAUGUUUGACCAGGGAUUCCGGAAGUGCUUCAGGGAUCUCGGGGGCUUUGAGCUUGACAUAGUUUUCUCCCUGGUAACCAAUGAAACGAGCGGACGUCUGCCACCAAACCUGGCCCCACAGAAGGCCAAUCUGAUUCAGAUGCUGUGCGCCAACCGCCAGCAAGUCGGCCAGUGUAUCGCUCCUCUCGUCACCGCACCGGACGCGUCGUGUAAGCAGACGGACAUUGGAAUGAUGGACGGAACCAUUAAUUCCAUGGUCAGCGGCAUCGCCAACCUGUGUGGAGCACCGAACGAAGGAUCCGCAUGUAUGAAGAACUUCGACACCGGUUUCCGGAAGUGCCUAAGCCAACAGCAGAUCAACCCCGACAACUUCUUCAUGCUCCUCGCCGACCAGCCACUUCCGGCAGGAGUCAACAAGGAGCAACUGAAAACACUCUCCUGCAGCGACACCACGAGGCGUAACAUGCUCAAGUGCUCAACGGACAACCUGUCCGGUAUCCAGGCCGACUGCAAGCCCCAGGAGACCAUCAUGGUGGGCACCACCCUGCAGAAUAUGAUGGGCGCAUACGAGGGAGUCUGUACCGGUAAACCAAUCAACCCCGACCAGUGCAUGUCCGCGUUCGAGGAGGGCAUGAACCAGUGUGCCAAGAAGACCCUGGAUAUGGACAUGAAACUCAUCAUCAUGGUGCUCCAGGGGCAGACACUUCCGGCCGGACAAAACAAGGAUACCCUUAAGAAAAACAUCUGCAGCAAAUGGAAACCACUGGAAACAUGUGGCAAAGAUGUCAUUCUCAACGCGGGUUGUGCCAGAAAACAGUUGCUAGGCGUAGAGGCACAAUUCGCUCGUAUGGUUAUCUCCGUAGCAACGGCGUGCGGUGACACUACACUGCCCGGCGCGUGCCUUCUGACCCUCCAGAAACAGUUUGGCACAUGCUUCGGCAAGGUGGGACUCAGCCCGGACAUCUACCUGUCAAACGACACCGAACACAAGGGGGCGCUCAUCGGAGCUAACACAAAGGAAGCGGAAUUCUACUGCAGCAAGAAGCACGAUUUGUUCACGUGCAUGAACGAGGUGGUUCAGACUUGCCCAGGGGCCGAACAAACCCUCUCUCUGACCGGCUUCGACCUUCACGGCAUGGAGCGCGCAGUGGGCAUCCUCUGCCACAACAUCCCAGACUACCUCGCUGGUCUUGACUGUUUCGCGAAACCGACGGACGCCGCCAAGCAGUGUAUGGAGGACAUGACCAUGGCCAUAACGGACCUGUCAACGAAACAGAUCACACAGGCUCUCAAUAUGGACACAUUCUUUGCAGGACUUUUGCACUCGCACUGUAACUAUGCGGCCAUGUUUUAUGCUAGCCUAUAUGGUGCGACAUACGCGGUGCCGCGCGUAAUUUGUUUUGCGGGGGAACACAUCAUAAUACAACUCAUGCGCUACGUGGUGUUCUUCAGGGCACGUGCCAAUCACGUGGCUUGCGACGGAGCCGCUUGGCCCUCGUGCAAAAAGUCCGCGGUCUCGCUGAAGAACGAGUUCGAGUGUCAGCUGAUCCCGUCCCGCUGUUACAACUCACACAAGGACAACAUCGACACCAUCUGUCCCAACACAGAUCGCACCGACACCCAUCACGUUAUUCCCGGAACGGAAGGGGAGAAAAUUCCGGAGUGCGUGCGCAACAUUCACGAAAACAUGGACUCCUGCUUUAAAAAGUUCAACAUGAAACCAGACAUGUUUUUGAUGAACAUCACGCACGACAGGAGUGACUUCAUGGGUGACAUAGCAAUGGCCAAAUCCCUCUGCAACUCCAAGGGGGCCGUGUUUCAGUGCAUGACCCAGGUAAUGGAGACCUGCAAGGCGGCAGAGAGCGUUCUGUCCUACUGGGGUCAUCAACAGUCCUCAGUCGAGCAGGCCGUCAACGUUAUCUGUAACGACAUCCAACUGUACGACAAGGGGCUGAAGUGUUUUGCCAACGGGAAUCCCGCCCUUCAGCGCUGUAUCUCCGACACUGAGUCAAAGAUGAUGGAUCUCGCCGACAAGCAGGUGCAGAAGAAACUCUCUCCAGACGCUUACUUCCGGGACUUUUGCGGGAUCCACUUUGAACAGCUGAGAUGCGAGCUUGGUGGCUGGAAGCAGACAUGCGGAAGUGACGUAGUUGGCCUCAAGACUGAGUUCGAAUGCCGGCUAAUACAGACACACUGCAAGAACCUUCAAGUCCAGAAUUACCAGGAGCUCUGUGGCGAGAGCAAGUUCGCAAAGAACCUGCGUGCUGGAGGUGGCGGCGGUAGCAGUGCGACUGAUCAAAGCACCAGCGGAACCAAUAUCGGAAACGUCAAUUCCGGACAAACUGGUGGAAACGGGGGAGCCAGCUCCACUUCCGGCUCAAUAUUCGCUCUCCUCUUGAGCGCUGUCGCUGCGGUUGCGUUGAUGUUGUAGUUAAAAUGCACCUACAAUUGUCGCUUAAAAUUCGCAAGCGAAAUUUACUUUUUCAGUGCAGUGAGUAAUUCGAAAUCCUAGACUGUGUGAUUAACUUUUCA